AUGGAUCCGAUUGUUACAAACCUUCACGCGUCUGACGGUGCUCGCAAACCCGACAAAAUGUCGCCACACACUCAAUGCCACGCCGAGCCGUAUCUGGAUAUAUCUUAUCCUCAUUUACCGUCAACGGCCCGCAAUCACGAACAGCCUUUGGAAGCUCCUAUCGAUGGGGUCAAUAGGCUACACAUACAGUCCAAAAACGAGAUCCAUCAUCAGCCCAUUAGUACCGCUGUCGAGAUCACCUUGGGCACUGAUGCUCUGGAGUUGUCAUUCUCCAUGGCUGACUGCUUGAAAUCUUACGGUGUAGACGACGCACAAAUAUCAAUUCUCGUACAGACAAGUGAGGGAUUUCAAUCACCGCACCGCUGGUCAACUUUCAGGAAGACCAAGGUGUUGAUUCCCCCUUUUCUAGCUGCUGUGAUUGGGUCCUAUGCGGCUGGAGCCUAUUCACCUGGGUCAGAACAAAUGCAACAACAAUGGCAGGUGUCCGAGACUCUAUUCGAUCUGGGCCUCUUGAUGUACGUCGUGGCCUUCGCAUUUGCACCUAUGACUCUCGCACCAAUAAGUGAGUUGUAUGGCAGAUACUGGGUCUAUGUCGGAUCUGGUCUUGUGCUUUUCCUAGGAACUGUCGGCUGUGCCUUUGCCCCAUCCCUAGGGCCGAUGCUGUUUUUCAGACUGGUUGCGGGUUGCGGAGGGUCCGUUUAUUCCACCCUGACUGGUGGAGUGUUAGCGGAUGUUUACUUGGCAGAAGCUCGGAGCACCCCAAUGGCUAUCUACAUGCUCCUUGUCUUCAUCGGCAUUGGCUUAGGUCCAAUGGUCAGCGGCUUAGUCGUCGAUGCCUAUGGCUGGAGGUGGAUCUUCUAUAUUCAACUAAUUGCCAUAGGGGUAGUGAGCUUGGCCAGUGGACUUCUAUUCGAGGAAACAAGGGCCAACGUGAUUCUUAGAAGCAUGUGCAAUGCCUUGAACCGAGCAAGCAACAGAAAUCAGCCGAGCCCGAGAGCCGAUCAUAUAUGCACCAUUUUUCAAGCUCAACAGCCACAAUGCGGAUCUAUUAUUCCUGUGUUAAGACAAAGCUACGCCUUUCCGUUGAGGUUGCUGUUCCGGGAGGCUGUAGUCUUCUUGUUCUCAGCAUGGGCGUCAUUCGCCUGGACCGUUCUCAACAUGCAGUAUAGUAGCAUUGGUAUAACCUUCAGAGAAGUAUACAAUUUCAACAGUUUCCAGGUCGGAUUAGUCUAUAACGCUAUUCUAAUGGGCGCCAUCAUCAGCACAUUAAUCACAAUCAUUCUAGAUUCCUGGGCCAUGCGACUAUGGCCGCAGAGAAUGAGCACCCCAGAGGGACGUCUACUGCUUCCGGGGGUCCUGUCAAUUUUGCUUCCAGCUGGUCUGUUCUGCUUUGGAUGGACUGCAAAAAUCACAAUUACGUACUGGCUGCCGAUGGCUGGUAUUGGAGUUGGUACAGUCGGCAUUUUCAGCAUCUAUCUUGCAUCUACAAAUUAUCUUGCCGACACGUACGGACCAUUCACAUCUUCAGCUAUCGCAGCGCAAAGUAUGUGCCGGAAUCUAUCAGCCGGUGUUAUCUAUCUUUUAGUACCACAAAUGCUGGAGAAGCUCAGAUACAGUGGCACUGGCAGCCUGCUUGGUGGUAUUGGACUUGCACUUACGGCAAUUCCUUGGCUGCUCGCAAUGUAUGGAGUUGAGAUCCGAAGACGUAGUCCCUUUGCCGGCACUUUGGCAAACAUGUAA